GAAGAAAUGAGACUAUCUACCUAACAUACAACUAUAUCCUUUAAACAAAGUUCAUUCACCUAUAAAACCCCAAGAAUUUUCAUGGAAAAGAAAUGUCUGGUAUUGAAGAUUUUGUGUGUAACUUGACACUAUUAUUGGGUUUUCGGUGGAUAAUUAGUCUUAAAGGAAGAAGGAAAUAGAAAAGAACUUGAAAGACAAAGAGAAAAGGGGGAAAAUGGGGUACUAUAUUUAUAAUUGAGAGGGAGAGCUGAGCAAGCAACAAUCACACCUCCAUUGUUGCCAAAUGUUGUUAUUGGCUAUUGCCUGUUGCUGUUAAGGCUUUCUCUUUCUCUCAAUGGGUUCUUCUUUGUGAUAUAUAAAUAAAUUUUCACAGAGUAAAAGAAAAGGAGGAAGCUUUAAGCUUUUCUUAAAGCUGAAGCCAGCAAUGGGUUUGAGUAGACCUCAAAAGCCUCCCAGUGGAAUUCCCACUAGAUGGGUUUCUCUCUUUUGCAUUGUCAGUUUCUUCUUGGGUGUACUUGUUGUCAACAGAUUUUGGGAUCCAGUUGAAGUGGAAGAGGAGGCUUCUUCCGCACAGAAACAUCGGAGAAACGAAGUUCAUCCCAUGGUUAUUUGUGAUAAGGAUGUUUCUGUUCGGACAGGGAACAUUCUUUCUCGAGUUUCACAAACCCGGGAUGUAAUUAAUACAUUAGACAAAACAAUCUCCUCAUUGGAGAGGCAGCUAGCUGCAGCUCGAGCUGCCAAAGCAGAUACCGAGGAAGGAUCUCCGGUGGUUACAAAAUCAGGAACCAAGGACUUGAAUGAAAGCCGGAGAGUAUUCUUUGUUAUGGGAAUUAUUACGGCGUUAAGGAAUAGAAAACGAAGGAAUUCAAUCCGGGAGACUUGGAUGCCUCAAGGGGAGGAAUUAAAGAGGUUGGAGAAAGAGAAGGGAAUUAUAAUUCGAUUCGUCAUAGGACACAGUUCAACCCCAGGUGGUGCUUUGGAUCGUGCUAUCAAUGUGGAAGAAGGGCAACACAAGGACUUUUUGCACCUGAAUCAUAUUGAAGGUUACCAUGAACUAUCAAAGAAAACUCAAGUGUACUUUUCUGCAGUGGUUGCAAAGUGGGAUGCCGAUUUCUAUCUUAAAGUCGACGAUGAUGUACAUGUAAAUCUAGGUGUGGUAAGUUCUACACUGGCCCGUCACAGACACGAACCCCAUGUUUAUAUUGGUUGCAUGAAGUCUGGACCUGUUGUGGCACAGAAAGGCAUCAAAUACCGCGAGCCAGAAUAUUGGAAAUUUGGUGAGGGAAACAAGUAUUUCCGGCAUGCAACUGGACAAAUAUAUGCAAUCUCCAAAGACUUGGCCACCUAUAUCUUUGUCAAUCGGCACAUACUUCAUAGGUAUGCGAAUGAAGAUGUCUCCUUAGGAUCCUGGUUUAUCGGUCUCGAUGUUGAGCACAUAGAUGAUAGAAGUCUAUGCUGUGGUACCACUCCCGCUGAUUGCGAGUGGAAAGCUAAAUCAGGGAAUCACUGCGGUGCAUCAUUCGAUUGGAGCUGCAGUGGCAUUUGCAAGUCAUCAGUGAGAAUGAAGGAGGUGCACCAGCGUUGUGGGGAAGGCGACCAAGCCAUUUGGGAUACUAGUUUCUGAAAGCAUAUCAGGGACCUGGGUAUAGCAUAUUUGUGUAUAUUUGAACAAAUUUUAUGCAUCGAACAAUGCCGUCAACCCCGAUCUUUUUUCCUUCCAAUGUUACGGGGCAAUCGGUACUGGAACUGGACUACACUAGUCAUUGCAUGUAUUCUCAUUUCCAGAAAAUGAAAAUGAAGAUGUUUUAGUUUUAAA